AUGCGCAAUUGCAAGUCCUCCGCCGCCUACGCCAAGUAUGGCGCCGGUGUGAGCGGUGCGGAUUCGCAGCCUGCUGAGUCAGCGCCCAACAGACCAACAAGAAUCGCCGGCCCGCUCGCCGCCAAUUACUGCCGGGCCCUGCAGCAGCUCACUAGCUCAACGUUACCCAACCCAGUUAUCGCAGCCAAAAUCUUCCUGCUCUGUCCCGAUCCGAUUAUCCCCGUUUGUGUCUCUUUGCAAUUCCAUUUCGCCAGCUUUGCUUUUGGCGUGUGCUGCCUGUUGCGAGGCUUCGUCUUCAUCUUCUGGACCGUGUCCCUUGUAUUCUUAUUCCUUACGUCUGCUAUGGCUGCUCCCCGAUUUCUCCGGCCAGCAGGUCGCCUGUUGCAAUCGCGAAUUGCUUCCCCAAUCCGCCCAGCUUUCAGAGUCCCAGCCUGUGCCCCUUCGGUCAACUACCGCCGUUCAUACGCGACAGAGAGCGGUUCGAAAGAGGUCACUGUCAGAGAUGCCUUGAACGAGGCGCUGGCCGAAGAAUUGGAGAGCAACGACAAGGUCUUCGUUAUGGGUGAGGAGGUUGCGCAAUACAAUGGAGCAUACAAGGUUACGCGAGGCCUUCUCGAUCGUUUCGGACCCAAGCGGGUUAUUGACACUCCUAUCACCGAAGCUGGUUUCACUGGUCUGGCUGUCGGUGCUGCAUUGGCUGGCUUGCACCCAGUGUGCGAGUUCAUGACCUUCAACUUUGCCAUGCAAUCUAUCGAUCAAAUUAUCAACUCUGCCGCCAAGACACAUUACAUGUCUGGAGGUAUCCAGCCCUGCAACAUCACCUUCCGUGGGCCCAACGGAUUCGCUGCUGGUGUCGCUGCCCAGCACUCACAAGACUACUCUGCCUGGUACGGCGCUAUUCCUGGUCUCAAGGUUGUUGCUCCCUACAGCGCAGAGGACGCCAAGGGUCUGUUGAAGGCAUCCAUCCGUGACCCUAACCCCGUCGUCUUCCUUGAGAACGAAUUGCUUUACGGCCAGGCAUUCCCAAUGAGCGAGGCCGCUCGCAAGGACGACUUCGUCCUUCCCAUCGGCAAGGCCAAGAUUGAGCGUCCUGGUAAGGACCUGACUAUCGUUACCCUCUCUCGCUGCGUCGGACUGUCCCUCGAUGCUGCCGCCCAAUUGAAGGAGAAAUACGGCGUCGACGCCGAAGUCAUCAACCUGCGAUCCGUCAAGCCUCUUGAUGUCGAGACUAUCAUCAAGUCGCUCAAGAAGACCGGCCGCUUGAUGGCCGUCGAAUCGGGCUUCCCCAUGUACGGUGUCGGUGCCGAACUCCUUGCUGUGUCUAUGGAAUACGGAUUCGACUACCUGACCGCCCCCGCCGUCCGUGUCACUGGCGCUGAUGUUCCUACUCCGUACGCUCUCGGUCUCGAGAACAUGAGCUUCCCCCAGCCCGACACCAUCGUCAGCCAAGCCGCCAAGCUCCUGCGGGUGUAA